UUCAUAAUUUUAUCAUCUAGGGGCCAAUGUAAGGACUAAUACACUUUAAAGCCUCUAAGCAGUGACUGUGUGACUCCGUGUGUUGUGGGAAAUGAGUAGAACAGUAGAAGAUUUUGCAGAACAAUACGACAGUCACAGUUCAGCAAUAAAAAAAUAAUAAUGUUAUUGAACAUUUACAAAUAAGAAUUUGAUCUAUAUCCGCAGUUGAGAUCAGAUUUUGGUUCAACAUAAGUUGAUGUUCUCUUAUGAAGUGAUUUGGCAUGUAAGAAAGCUGAUAUGUAAAUUACAUCUAACUUUUUCUGUGUGUGUGUGUUUUUUUUUUAAACCAAUUUUUCUUAUUCUUUUCUUUAUUGUUCUAUUUGCUCUUCUCCUACUGUUACUUUGUGUCUUCUUCUACUCCUUCUUCAUUUUCACCAAUUUUUCUUUUAUUUCUUGUUCUCUUUGUUCUUCUCCUGCUCCUUUUUUGUCCCUUCUUCUUCUUCUCCUUAUUAUUAUUAUUAUUAUUAUUAUUAUAUCCUCUUCCCUCUUCUUCUUCUACUUGUUGUUGUUAGUGUUAUAAUAAUAAUAAUAAUAACAAUAAUAACAAUAAUAAUAAUAAUAAUAAGAAGAAGAAGAAGAAGAAGAAGAAGAAGAAGCAUAAUCACAGUUAUUUUCAUAAUUCACGUGUUAGCAUAAAUAAAAAUAAAUAUUUAAAAAAACGCACUCGUUUGAGGGAAAUAAAAGUUAAACCCCGCUACUGCGUCGAAUCGCAGCGCGUGCGUAAAAAGAAAAAAAAGGGGUGGGGGGCGACCGCUGAGAGCGCAGGAGCGCGCGCUCCCUCCAGUUUAGUGCCACACCGCGCGCCCUGCCGCGUGCUGCCACUCCGGAGUUCAUUUUUUUGGAGACCUCGGAUAGCGACCCGCGCGUCUUGUUAUAAGCCUCACCCCUCAUGCGCGAGCACAGCGAGACCAUCCCGUUCCGGAACGCUUUUAAGGAACCUUAUUACCAUCACUGCUGCUUUUCUACACUUUUUUUUUUUUUUACUUGUGGGAAUCCCGGUGCAGCAAGAAGGAGCGUGUGUGAGGAGUGAGGAGAGAUGCUCCGGUGGAAGUAAAGACCGGCGUGUGGGUCUGUAAUCAGUGAACUGCUUCAUACACGCGCACACGCGCGCGCGCGCACACGCACACACACACACACACACACACCGCGCGCUGGCUGGAAACGCGAAUCGGACCCGCGAUGAUCGUCUCCACGGUUUGCGUGCUGUUUCUGCUGCUGGACGUCGUGCUGUCCGCAGAAAAGUCCGCGUUUGCUGCAGCGAGCCGGACGGACUGUGUCGGAGCCAGCGAGCUGUGCUUAAAGGAGCCGGGAUGCAGCACCAAGUAUCGGACUAUGAGGCAGUGUAUAACGGGGAAGGAGGGCAACAUCAGCGCCGAGGGGAGGGACGAGUGCCGCAGCGCCCUGGACGCGCUCAAGCAAAGCCCGCUGUACAACUGCAGGUGCAAAAGAGGCAUGAAGAAGGAGAAGAACUGCCUACGCAUCUACUGGGGACUCUACCAACAUUUACAAGGAAAUGAUUUCCUGGAGGAAUCUCCUUACGAGCCCAUGACUAGCCGUGCAUCAGAUAUAUUCCGAUUGGCGCCCAUCUAUUCAGAGGGAGACACAAACAGCGCCCCCUGGAGCUCUCCAGCGACCAUGACACCGGCCCAAAACCCUGGUAGAAACAAGAGAUCAAACCCCGCUUGGGCUGUUCUGGGUGACCCUGCUCUGGCCAGGGAGAACAACUGCCUCAACGCAGCCAAGGCGUGCAACCUGAACGACACGUGUAAGAAGUACCGCUCGGCCUACAUCAGCCCGUGCACGAGCCGGGUCUCCACGGCCGAAGUGUGCAACAAGCGCAAGUGCCACAAGGCUCUGCGUCAGUUUUUCGAUAAAGUGCCUGCCCGACACAGCUACGGCAUGCUGUACUGCUCGUGUCCUCCGGGGGACCAGUCGGCCUGCUCCGAGCGCCGGCGCCAGACCAUCGUCCCCGCGUGCUCCUAUGAGGACAAAGAGAAGCCCAACUGCUUGGCAUUGCAAGUCUCCUGCAAGAGCAACUACAUCUGCAGGUCACGUCUAGCGGAUUUCUUCUCCAACUGUAAGGCUGAGCCACGUUCUCUUUCUGGCUGUCUGAAAGAGAGCUACGCUGAUUGCCUACUCUCCUACUCGGGCCUCAUUGGUACGGUGAUGACCCCAAACUACCUGCGAUCCCCUAAAAUCAGCGUGUCGCCGUUCUGCGACUGCAGCAACAGCGGCAACAGCAAAGAGGACUGCGAGCGGUUCACGGAGUUCUUCACGGAUAACGCCUGUCUGCGUAAUGCCAUUCAGGCGUUUGGAAACGGGACAGAUGUGAGCGUGUGGCAUUCGGCUCCAGUGCAGAGCACCACGACCGUGAUCACUCCGUCACACAGAGGUCGAGGACAUGAGAAAUCACCCAACUCCCUGGAGCCGGACUCGCACGGCAACCACCUGAACCCCGGAGACGACCCGCUGUAUCAGUUUUGUGGAAGCCUGCAGGCACAGAAGCUGAAGUCCAACCAAACAAUAGGUGUGGUAUGUGUGGACCCUCAGAUCGACAACCCCAGCUCCUCCAACUCCCUCUCGGGGAACUCAGCAUCCCCGUCAGUCUUCAGCACCCUGCUCCUCCUGCUGCUCAGCUCUUUGCACUGCUCCCUGGCAGUCCUGCCACCCAACCUGGCACCGCUGUUGUAG